CUAAGAGGAAAAACAACAAGAGGAGGAGACAGUUCCUGAGUUUUUAACAGUUUGGGUCAUUAACAGAAAAAGGGGAUAAUUGAUUUAAUCCGGAUGUACAGUCAUACCAGACAGUGGAGCUGAUGAACGGGGACGGCAUUUAACAACUGCACGAGGAAGAAGACGGACGUUCGACAGGACUGUACCGGCUGUCCCUGACCCUCUACAGACCCGGUCCCAGACCCUGACCCUAGACUCAGUACUCUGAGGAUUUUAUUUUUUUACUGUUUUAUUAGAACAACACCACGAGACUUUAUGACGUCAGGACUGGCGGUAAAAUGUGCUGACGCAGACUGAAGAGAGCGAGAGCGCGAGCGUCAACGGAGUGGUCCUUGUUGACCUGAAUCCGAAGCGGUGAUGAUGAUGGAGGACGACGGCCGGCCGUUGCUGAACUCUGAACAAACAGCAGAGAGUUUCUCUCACAGAGGAUCCACUGACUCUCUUGACUUUAGGAAUAAACGGCCGUUCCACGUGGAGCCCCGAAACAUCGUGGACGAUGAUCCUCAGGAGAGAGUUUCAGCCGAGGCCGCCAUCUUAAACAGCAGAGUUCAUUAUUACAGUCGCCUGACGGGCUCGUCUGAUAGGCUGCUGAGUCCUCCGAACCAUGUCAUCCCUGCUCCUGAGGAGAUCUACAUCUACAGCCCGCUGGGAACGGCGUUCAAAGUGAAGAGCAGCGACAGCUCCUCCAAAAACCCCAGCAUCAUCACCAUAUUUGCCAUCUGGAACACAAUGAUGGGCACAUCGAUACUCAGCAUCCCCUGGGGAAUCAAACAGGCCGGCUUCACCUUUGGCAUCCUCAUCCUCAUCUUCAUUGGUCUACUCAUGCUCUACUGCUGCUACAUCGUCCUCAAAUCUCCAAAGGCCAUACCUUAUGUGGACACAUCAGAGUGGGAGUUUCCAGAUGUCUGCAGGUAUUAUUUUGGAAAGUUCGGUCAGUGGUCCAGUCUGGUGUUCUCCAUGGUGUCUCUGAUCGGAGCCAUGGUGGUCUACUGGGUCCUCAUGUCCAACUUCCUGUACAACACGGGGCAGUUCAUCUACAAUUACGCUCAUGAUGUGAACGUUUCAGACUCAGAGUUUGGGACCAACGGCUCAGAUCGAGUGAUCUGCCCGUACCCGAACACCGACCCCGGCGGUAACCUAAGCUCGGUCUCGCUUGGAAAUGAAACGUCUGAUGAGAGCUUUCAGCGCUGGUGGAGUAAAACCAACACCAUCCCUCUGUACCUCAUCGUCCUGCUGCUGCCGCUUCUCUGCCUCCGCUCUGCCGCCUUCUUCGCCAGGUUCACCUUCUUAGGUACAGUCUCUGUGAUCUACCUGAUCACUCUGGUCACCAUCAAAGCUGUGCGUCUGGGUUUUCACCUGGAGUUCCACUGGUUUGAUUCCACACAGCUCUAUGUUCCAGAGUUCAGACUGCUCGCCCCUCAGCUGACCGGCGUCCUAACACUGGCCUUCUUCAUCCACAACUGCAUCAUCACGCUGAUGAAAAACAACAAGAACCAGGAGAAUAACGUGCGGGACCUAUCUGUGGCAUACCUUCUGGUCGGGGUGACGUACCUCUAUGUGGGGGUGUUGAUCUUUGCAGCCUUCCCCUCCCCCCCUCUCUCCAAAGACUGCAUCGAACCAAACUUUCUUGAUAACUUCCCAAGUGAUGAUGUCAUGGUGUUUGUGGCCCGGAGCUUCCUGCUGUUCCAGAUGAUCACCGUUUACCCCCUGCUGGGAUAUCUAGUCCGAGUCCAGAUGAUGGGCCAGAUAUUUGGAAACCAUUAUCCCAGCUUCUUUCACGUUCUGGCUCUGAAUGUUUUAAUCGUUGGCUCUGGCGUCCUGAUGGCUAAGUUUUAUCCAAACAUCGGAUCAAUCAUCAGGUUCUCUGGAGCCACGUGUGGUCUGGCUCUAGUUUUUGUAUUUCCAUCUUUAGUCCACAUGAUCUCACUGAGAAGACAGGGGGCGCUCCGCUGGCCAUCUGCCAUCUUCCAUAGUUUCCUGAUCAUUCUGGGCGUGGCCAACCUGCUGGCUCAAUUCUUCAUGUAGAGACACUCAGACAUGUUUCACAGACAGAACUUGAACAAUUUAAGAGAACCGUUCUCCUCUUCGUGUUCUGCAGUGUCAAAUCUAAUGAGAGGAUUUUAAAACAAUAUUUAUCUUAAAGGGAUUCCAGGUAGAAACACCAAGCUACCAUCUGUUAAAGAGAUAAUAUAUUAAACUAAGUUGAAUUUGGUAUUAUUAAAGUAAAAAAACAUUUUAACCAUUUAUAUUCCUGGUAGAUAUAGUACACUACCAUCACAUGUGUCAUAAAGAAGUAUAUCAUGUUUAACUGAUAUGGUAUUAUCUUUUUGAAAAGGGAUUUUAAAAGUAAAUACUUCAUACAAAACUAUCAUUUGUUAAGUUUAAAUGCUUUUAAUACACUUAUAUCAUUUCUGUGAUCAAACCUUGGUGUCCCAUUUUGAACUGACACUUUUAUGGUGCUGCCUGGUUGAAUCUGUCCUAGCCGUACUGUCGGACCGCCAUGCUCCAUCCAUCUCUGCUGUCUAGCUGUUAUGAUUUAAGGAUUCCGAUCAUUAAAACGUCUCUCCAUAAGGUUUGUUUACUUAACAGUAAGCCACAUUUUGUUUCAUGCAUUGAUUUCUCAUAAUGACAGGGAAAAGUGGUUAAAAGUGGCCUUCAUGGCUCACACUGCAAGCUACAAGAAGAAAGGCCUCAACUUUUUAACCGCUUUUCUUCUUCUUUGUAAGAUUUCAUCCAUAAAAGAACGCUGGUUUAAUGUUCGGUCAGUACGCUGUAUGGAGGGAAUGUUCGGUCAGAAACACCGUAUGGAGGGACUAUUCAGGCAGUAUGCAUGUGGAGGGAAUGUUCGGUCAGUACGCCGUAUGGAGGGAAUGUUCGGUCAAUUUGCCGUAUGGAGGGAAUGUUCAGUCAGUAUAUCAUACAGAAGGAAUGUUCUGUCAGAACGCCUUACAGAGGGAAUGUUCAUUCAGUACCCUCUAUGGAGGAACUGUUUGGUCCGUACCCUGUAUGGAGGAACUGUUGGGUCAGUACCCUGUAUGGAGGAACUGUUGGGUCAGUACCCUGGUGCGGUUUUUAUUGAACAAUCUUUAAUUCAUGGCAGAGGUGGGUGCAGUCUGGUGGCCCUUCACUCGUGUCUUUGUUGGAUUCAGCGAGCAGCCACAGCAGACAUCCUUUCACUGUGACAAACUAGGUUUUAAUUUUUUAGGGAAUCUUUUCUAAGCGGAGGAUUUUCUGACAGUCAACUGAUCCGCUUGCUUCUCUUCUGUUUUUCCUGUUUUUGUAUUUAUGCUGCCCACUGCAGGACCAACAGAUCAGCUGUUUUAUCCAGGUGAUUUAAUUCUUAUUUUGAUGGAGUCAUGUGACUGAGAUUAUGUAGGGUUUUUAUCCUAGUAUAUUUAGGCAAACUUUUAUUUUUAUGAGUGGUCACAUGAUGCCUUUUUUUUUCUAGAAUCUAUUGAAUAUAUGUGACUAAUUUUAGGAUGGACAAAGGGAAGAUUUUUAGUGUAAAUAAAAUGCUUUAGUCUCUAUGUUGCUUUCAAUAAAAUCCUGUAACUUAGGAAAUAAAAAGACGAUUAAAAAUACAUACCUCAGUGUGUUCUGAAAACAGUUUAAUAUCUGAUGGACCACAUACAGAGAUGGUCUAGGAUGUCUUCUCCAGGACUGGACUGGUUGUGUAGACUGUCACUGCAGAUGUAAUGUAAAUGUUCAAAGUGGAUUCAUCUUCAUAUGCCAAUGCCAAAAAGGGAAUAAACUGGUCAAACUUU